AUGGUAGAUACCAAUGGAAAGCACUAUGUGGGUGGGAAGGUACAACUCAUAGACAAUUGUGACUCAGAUAAGUGGUCUAAAUUAGAGGUGGAUGAUAUAUUGGAGAAGAUCAAUUUUGAUGUGAGUAGGUUAGAAUACUAUUAUUUGAAGCCUGGGAUGAGCUUAGACGAUGGCUUGAUGAGAUUGUUUGAUAACCUCUCAUCAGUGGAGAUGGCCGAGAUUGGAGUUCAAAAGGGGGUUGUGGAUGUGUUUGUGGUUGAAGCUAAUGACUUAGUAGUUAGUCAAAUAACACAGGAAAAUUCUAUUGAUGGUGUGGGUGGUGAGUCUGGGGACGAAGCAAUGAGAUCUGAGGGUUAUGAAUUUGGGGAUGAAGAUGACAAGGCAGAUUAUGAAGAUUGUGAAUUUGGGAAGGGUGAGGGGAUUGAGGAGGCUGCUGCUUGUGGGAAAGGGAAGGCAUUUGAGAAUGGUACUGGGAAAGGGAAGGGGAAGGUUGCUGAUGAUGAUCUAGAAGAGGAUCCUUCCUUCAUUGAUAGCGACUACGACCUCAGUGACCAUGAGGAAGAUGCUAUCAUGGCUGGUCAAGUAGAAGGGUGGAAGAAGAUUGUGGAUGAGAUGGUGAAUGACCACAUGGGAGAUACUAGCGAUAGUGAUCACCUUCCUAAUGAGUCACCAAAUUCAUCAAGCGAAGAAGAGAUGGAGCAUGAUGACAACAAUGAUAAACUUGUGUCAAGACGGUAUAGGCGCUUGAUGGAGCAUGAUGACAACAAUGAUAAACUUGUGUCAAGACGGUAUAGGCCAGCAACCGAUCUCAAUGACCCCAGAUGGGAACUUGGGAUUCGGUUUAAUUGCAAGGAAGACUUUGCUGACCUCAUCCGUCAUCAAGGAGUAUUGCAUGGAAAGAGACUGAGAUUGGUGAAGAAUGACAGCAUUCGGUGCCUCGCGAAAUGUAAAGGGGUGAUUAUGAGUAAGAAGAAACUUGCAUGUCCAUGGGGCUGAUCGCCGCUAUGAGGUCCUACGUAGAGCACGCCGAACACCGGAUGUGUGUAUGGCACAUGCAUAACAAUUUC